AUGCUUGUUCUGCAUACUGUACAGGACGUGAUUUCGUGGCGAAAUGAAAACAUCGACCGCAGAACUCAAACCAGCGGGUUUGUCCCCACAAUGGGCUGUUUGCACGAUGGCCAUCUCUCGCUUAUAAGAAAGUCAAGACUUGAGAACAAUUUUACCAUUGUCAGCAUUUUUGUCAACCCUUCGCAGUUUGCGCCAUCCGAGGACUUGGACAAAUAUCCUAGGACGUUGCAAGCGGACCUGGCGCUGCUGGAGAAGGCGGGUGUCGAUCUAUGUUUUGUUCCCAACGCAGCAGAAAUGUACCCACAGGGCAUUCCUUUAGAGGUCGAGGCGCAGAAAGGACCCUUUGUGACAGUCAUUGGCGUCAGCGAACAGCUAGAAGGACGCACGAGGCCCAAUUUCUUUCGUGGGGUAGCGACUAUUGUGACAAAGUUGCUGAACGUGGUCCUGUCCACGCAUGCAUAUUUCGGCCAGAAGGACUUCCAACAGUUCACCGUUCUCAAAGUCAUGGCCGAAGAACUAUUCAUGAACACGAAGCUCAAAAUGAUGCCUAUCGUGCGUGACGCAGACGGCCUGGCGCUGAGCAGCAGAAACCGGUAUCUGUGCCAGGAAUCUCGUCAUCUUUCAACUGCCGUCUACCAAGCUUUGCAGAUGGCGGCCGCAUGUCUACAGAACCUAGACACCAAUGAAGAGGUACAGCGUAGCGACCUGGUGGACAAGAUACUCCAGCACUGGGUCCCUCACGUGACCUCCGGUGAUUUCGAGGUGGAUUACGUUUCCGUGGCUGAUCCUCGCACGCUAAUGGAACUGGAAUCAGUCUCUGGCAGCACAGCUGUGGUGAUCAGCUGUGCUGUUUUUGUCAAAGACAGGGAAAACUCCUCUACGGUUGUGCGCCUGAUAGACAACAUUUUGUUAAAUCAGUAG